AUUUUGUUACAAAUAUAUAAAGUAUCAAGAUUUCGUGGGCAAAACGCACUUUGUCGUCAUCCUAUUUUCAGAGCAGAGUUUGUCCCAUUAUGUGCUUUCACCUUCCUAUUAAUAUUUUGUGCACAUAGGGGAGAGCAUGUCUGAGGUUAUUCACACUGUACAAUAACUAAUGUUGCCAGAGUUCAGUGCAAGCUUGUGAAGUUCAUUGACACCUGAUGUGAUAAUAUCGCCACUGGAAACAGGCAUCAGGCCAAAUUCUUGGCCCUAGUACAGUUGCCUUACUCUGCUCCAGGAGCAAACCGACAUCUGUAAAACCAGCUGCUCUGUUGGGAUUCGCCAUGUGCAAUUGUAGUCAUGGCCCAAAUGACAACUGUAGAAACGCUGCCUCUUUGGGAAAUUUACUAGGUGUUUGUUUCCCAGGUUUACCACAACUGUAGUUGUAUCCUGGAGAAUGGUCCCGCGGGUUCUGCCCAAGCAAGAGCAGGAAAAUGCACUUCCUCCUGUGACAGAAGGAACCUCCUUCUGUGUUUCAUGUUCGUUGUGAUUUUCUUUACAUUCCUCAGCAGUAUUCCUGCUCUGACUGCAACUCUACGGUGUGUCUCCGACCGACAGAAAUCAUUUGCUCUCGGAAUCCAGUGGAUUGUAGUAAGGACUCUAGGAAGCAUUCCCGGUCCCAUUGCAUUCGGCUCAAUGAUUGAUCUGUCAUGUCUGGUGUGGCAAGACCAAUGUGGAGAACAAGGUUCUUGCUACGUUUACCAGAACUUCGCCAUGAGUCGAUACACUCUGAUUGCUGGAGUUGUCUACAAGGUGAUGCCCAAUAAUAUUUCAUAUUCACCUCUCCUGGCCCAGGCUUUUUGCUUAGGAUUGGUUAGAUAAGCAGCACCAACUGAGGCGGAAUUUUGGAAACAUCUGUAACGUUGUUCUGAUUGCAACAUAAAUCCUAUCGUCAUGCAACUGUUGGUGUGAAAACACAGCAACGUGCUUGCAACUGCGUGCAAAUGUUCCAUUUAUUAUGAUUCACACUUUAGCAACUCACCGGGUGGCACCAUUCUCUUGACUCCAUGUUA